GGAUUUCUGAUGUUGCCCAGAAUUGAUCAUAGCAUCAUGCCUGAUGGUUUUCAACGGUUUGAUCCAGGUUACAAUGCGUACAUCUGUUAUCUUCACGUCCAAGCAGCUUUCAGAAACCCAGUUCUUCGAGUGGUUUGUCAAACACUGAUCGAUGAUCACGAAACACAAAGGAAAUGUGGACCAAAGUGGACUCGCUCUCCCCAGGCCCGCGCCAAGUGGUUCAUCGCACUCACCUUGGCUCGCAAUCCACAACUUGCAGCUGAACGAAAACGUGCGAACACAAUGUGUGUCAAAGAUAGCGACGUCAAAAUCGAUGUUGGUAAUUAUGGCCCAGAUAAUGCAGGAUUAAUACUAGAUAAGUAAACAAUGUUAAGUUUGCAUGUUUCUU